AUGCCUUCGAAUGAAAAGCGCGAGCUCGGUGUUUUAGAAGAUUUCAGGUUAUUCAUGCGCAAGAGCAUGGACUCAACAAAGCAAGCCUUGUCUACCACCGAACCAAUGACUGUGGAUCAGGUGAUAGCGCUCACGAACGUCAAACCCCAGCAAAAAGGCUAUUACCGCGUUGCGUCGCUGCUGAAGUCGGCGUAUAGCGGACGGGACUAUAAAGAGGUGGACCGUGAUUUGAAGAUGGUUACGCCUCUCAAACGUGGGAAGCACCCUCUGUCAAAGAACAAGGAGGAAAUCUUGUCCAGGCUGGGCUUUCUGAAGCAGUCAAAAUCCGGACAGUCCACUUCGGCCACCUAUGAUAGGGGGACGUCUGCUUCGGCAAAAAAGAAAAGAGCAACAGCAAAGAAACCGUCACUAUUGAAGACAUCAAACGUGUCGGGUUCGGGGCCGCCAGUCCCGGAACAACAAUCCAUCACGCUCGAGACACCUCCGAAUCUCCUAGAUCUCAAGCCACAGUCGCUCCUUGUGGCAAACAAAGCAGAACAGGACGAUGUCCCCCGUCAGGGGCCCGUACGAACGGCAGUAAGGCGGCUCCUAGCCGCCGGCAAGCCCAGGAAUCCACGUGCGGCCAAGCAAGGUAAAAUCGCCGACAUGAGAGGAGGUCCAGUUCAAGUUGCGAGCGCAGACAACUUUCCGCUGAUACCAUUCCCAAUGGAGACGUCAGAAGUGCCGAGAUUGAGUCACGACUUGUCACGUGUUCUCUUCAAUCCAGGUGUCUAUCAAUUGCAGGAUCCACGAUCCAGGGUAUGGAACUUCGAUCCCUAUCUUGGUAAUCUGAUGCCUGUGUCCGAGUUCAACUACGACGCACUGAACAGGUAUAUCACUUCGUCUGAGGACGUAAAUCUCCGAAACGUCGCGCAGGCAAAGGACAAGCGCUACAUUGGCUCAACUUCGAGCAUGUCAGGCGUUCUCGCCCAUUUCCAUUUUCUCCUGUCCGGGUUCCGUGACCUGAACCUGGACCAUCUGAGCCGAGGAUUCGAAGACGAGGGUCACGUCAAUUUCACCAGGAUUCAGAAAGGCCCCACAGCAAUCUUUCUGCGCUACAAGGACGGUGUAUAUGCGGUAGACGCGGACAAGGAGUUCGACUCAGCAAAUAUCCUGAUGAGUCUUGGCCGCUCCAUGGAGAAACUCCUCACAUCUGACAAGGAGGAAUUUGAGAGGUACAGAAGAACUGAAGAUGCUACCAAGGACGCACAAAUGAAAUCAAGCCAUCCCGAGGCAUACCACUACUCCGGCCUCGGCCAGUUCCUGCUAAGAUCACAACUUGACGCCCACGAUCCCCGGCUGCCCGGGACAGGCAUGUUUGACCUCAAAACACGAGCUGUAGCGGCCGUGCGGAUGAUGGUCCACGACCAUGAAAAGGGCGUAGGCUAUCAGAUCAAGGAGAGAUUCGGUACCUGGGAAUCUUACGAACGAGAAUAUUUCGACAUGAUGCGAUCGGCCUUUCUUAAGUACUCUCUACAGGUCCGGAUGGGCCGCAUGGACGGCAUCUUCGUCGCAUAUCACAACACUGAACGGCUGUUUGGCUUUCAGUAUGUACCGCUCCCGGAGCUGGAUUUCGCUCUUCAUGGGCAAGCGGACCGAACACUUGGGGACCAGGAGUUCUCCCUGAGCAUACAGCUCUUGGACUAUAUCUUUAAUGAAGCCACGAUGCAGCAUCCGGGUCAGUCUCUGAGGUUUCACUUUGAGGCAAGAGAAGCAACGCAAGUUACUCCACAUUACAUGUACGUCUUCGCAGAGCCCGUCACAGAGGAAGAGAUUGUGGCAAUUCAAAGUCUGAAGAAGGACGAAAUCCGGGCGUUCGAGGAUCGCAUAUUCAACCCAGGGCGCGCGGAUUCAACCAAACUCGAUGAGGAGGACGCUGAUGAAGCUGAGGAUGAAAAAGAAAGUGACGAGGUCGACUCAGCUCCAUCAGGCGCCUCGACAAACACGGGUCCCGCCCAACAAUCGAACGCGGCUGAUGUCGUGUUCCUCAAUAGCAUCUUGGGUAUGAAUAUUAACGAGGCUAUGGCACCGAAGCCCAAAGCGGCGCGUGUACCUGAGUUCAAUGAGCAGCAUGCAGCAGGAGACUCAGUAGACACCACUACAGACACACAAUCGUCACCAGCGCCCAGCAAACCCUUAUUAGGAUGGAAACUCAACAUUCGCAACAUAGUCAACGGCUUGCCGGUGACGCGGCCGGAAAACUUGAAGGAAAGGGACACGUGGAGUCUGCAAUAUACGUUGGUUCCGUUGUCGCCCUCAGAAGCCCAACGGCACUACACGCUGUGCAAGAAACGACGCCAGAAUGCACUCGAAGCUCCACAAGAGACUGAUGCGGCAGCCAAUUUCUACCUGAAGAGGCUUGUGUCAAUGAGCCGUAGUGGUGCGCAAUGGCGGCAGCAUCAGGACAAGCUGGAUGCGGGCAGAGAGCGGAUUGUACUUUAUGGUGAAUGA